GUACGGCGCAAGUGGGCAACCCUGCCUCACUCCCACCUCCACCCCCAACCGCUCUCCAAGCCAGCCGUUGAUCAGGAGUAUUGUCCAGGCUUCCUAGUGGAGUCCCUCAGCCCAUCUUACGAAGACUUCCGGGAAACCCAUCUCCCUCAAGGUGCUGAAGAGGUAUCGCCUCGAUACCAAACGUACAACUUCUGGAAAUCUACGAGCAGAAG